GUGGCGAGUGGAGAACCCAGAUCGCCGCCGCGGCCGGCCACGGGCGCGAAACCGAUCAGCCAUGGCAUCUUCCUCCGGCGAAUCGCCGGGUUUUCAGGAGGCCUCGCCGCGCCGCGCAUCCUCCUCGUCGGACGCGAUGCCUUCUCCGACAACCACUAGUUCUUCCAGGCUAUCUGUGGGCUUCAUCAGGACUACUGUAAAAUGGUCCAGCGAAAUUUCGCUUUAUGUCAGGUUAUCAGGGCUUCUUUGAGACUGUAAUUUGGUCAUGAGAAAUUCGCUUUAUGUCAGGUUGUCAAUGAUGAUAACUGGAGUAUCACUGAAGGAUGAUGGUAAAGAUCGUUGGAGUGUCAUGUACAGGCCCUUGCAGACAUUUCGUCUUGCGCGAGCAUCACAUCCCUUGACAAUUGAAGCACUCGCGAUCUCUACUUUUUGUUACUUAUUUGCCCCCUUUCUGAAGAAACAAGAUGGGCGAAAUGGUUUACGAGAUGACUAAACCUUCCUGCAACGAUUACCUCUCUUCUGCAGACAGUGAGCAGGAUUUUGACAUGAAACAAAUCAAGUUUCGAGGGGAAUAUGGAAAUGUCUAAGCCAUCCAGAUGGGACUCAUAGGUAUAACGACCUUUCCCCUGUCACAUUAUAUAACAGAUUUAAAUAGUGUUCUUUUCAUCCACAGAACUACUGAUGUGCUGCAUAACUAGUCCUUCAUAUUUUAGUUGGUUGAUAGUAGUACUAGUUAUCCUCUCCAUGUGUUCUAGGAGUAUCUGUAUAUGAUGAUUUACCAUUAUAGCCUAGAUUUGCUUAUUAAUACUGUAAUUCUGUGAAACGUCAGUACAAAGUACUGCCACACUUUUGGUUAAUUGGCCCUAGUUAAAUGGAGUAUAUCCUUUUGGUUCUGCUCCCAGUUACCCAGUAUGCCAUAAAUGUACCGUAUCUCCAUUUCAUCUCCAGGCUAAGCAGUGCGUAAAUUCAAACUAACAGAGAACCCUCAUUUAAACCAUGGUCUCCCUGAUUCUUUAUAUAUCAUAUCUGAUUCUGGUGUAAAGAGCUUGAUCAAUUAGUGAUUCUCAGUGUAGCAUUUGGCAGGAUUUGUUUGUCAAAUCUGUGCAUCCAAAGUCUUCUUUCCUAAUUUACGAGCAUGAUCCAUGAUCCAUCCUCCUGAUGAAAGAGGCUGUCUCUAAAUCUCCCGUGAUUGAAUGUUGAUGGUAGCAUGCAAUUGGUGCUGGGCAAAUGUGCCAGUUCUCAUGCUGACUUAUAUUAUACGUCAUCACACAGCACCAGGUGCUCCACUUCUGGCAGCCUCCUGCUAUACUCAGCUUUUAUUAGACGGCAAUGCGAAUUGCAUUCUACCUGGAAUUUCAUCCAAUCAAAAUGGACCUGCAACUGUAACUCUGCAAGGAGUCAGCUAGAGAUGGGGAUUCUGUAGCCUGUAGGACCUUACUAGUACUGAAUUUCAUACACAUAAUAAUGAGUUUUCUACCUUAUUCGGGAAUAAAUACAUAAGAUUUACGUAUCUUUGCAUUAAGAAGGAUGAAAUGUUUACAACAAGACGCAAAAGUAUAAUCUCAUUUUGAAUUUUAAACCUCUACUACCAGAAGGUACGUACCUUGUUCUUCUUCCAUACAUGUACUGUAUAUUACCUAACGAACUCACCAAGCAGACUAACCAAAAAUAAAUACUAGCUGACCAAAUUAGAGCUAUGCAGUAGAUCAGUUGGUGAAUGUGGAGCUAUCUAAGGGCUACGGAUAUUGCCAAACCGUUCUUUCCAGGACGGUCACUGUAUUCACCUAUACAAGAGUAGUACACUACAACUCAGCAGCAGGACUUUCCUACUACACUUUCAACCUGAUUUUACUUUUGAAGUUGCUUCCAUUGAUCUGCAUCUGAUUCUGCAUUGGUUUCCUUGAUGCGAUGUGUUAUUUUUCUUUUGUGAUCCAGGCAGUUGUGCACCUAUUUACGGACCACGAGCACCAUCUGUGGGCCGGUUGCUGAGCAACUUUUCAUGAUUUCAUCGACACACCUUGCUCUUUCUAGCUGGCCUGAGCUGAGCUGAGCUGAACUGCCCGCUUCCAAUUACAACUCAUUCACUCACUCACUCACUCACUGUGCGUGCUCAAGAUUGGGGGUGUUCUUGGGCGGGGGGUGUGGAUUGGUGGUGGAGCUGUCAAUGCGGGUGGAUUUGAGACCGGGUGGAUUGGUGGCAGCUGCGGAUGGACGCCUGUGGAAUUCGGGCGCCAGGGGAUGUGCUGCUGCGGAAAUCUGAGCUCUCGUCGGCGGCAGCGGCGGCCAAGAAUUACGGCAAUGGCCACGACGACGCCGCGGUGAGGCGCAAGGCGGCGGCGGGGUCGCCGGCGACGCCGAGGAGGCACCCGUCGCCGAAUGCCGGUCGGUCGUCGGCGGCGGCGGCGGAGGCCGCGGGGUCGCAGGCGAGGAGGUCCCAGUCCACCGAGCGGAGGCCGGCGACCCCGUCGAGGCUGUCACCUGGCGGCUCCAGGGCGGCCGCCCCGUCGUCCAGGAUCUCCGCCCCAACCUCGCCGUCGUCCGCGCCUUCCAGCCCGUCGUCGUCGUCCUCCAGCUCGUCCACGCCCGUGCGCGACGCCGUCGCCGCCGAGUCGCAGAGCGCUCCGAGGAGGCUGGCCGGCGGCCGGGCUCCUCCUGAUGGGCUGUGGCCGUCAAUGCGGAGCCUGUCUUCCUCCUUGCAGCUCGAGGCGAAGGGGAAACGCAGCAAUGGCGGCUCUGCGGAUCAGGCCAAGGCGAGGGAUGCGGGUGACAGGAAGAGGAGCCCGUCGAGGGGGAGGAGCGCCGCUGAGCAGCAGCCGGAGAAUCCGCACGCCAAGGUGAUUGACCACCAUCGCUGGCCUGCUAUGAUGGGGGGCAGGGUGUCCGUGAGCGCAAUGUCGAGGAGCGUGGAUCUCACUGACAAGAUUUCCAGGCCAGCACUAUCAUCGAUUCCAUCUCGCGGCGUCUCACCGAAGAAAGCAACGAUGGCAUCUACUACAAAUGCAUUGGCAAGAAGUAUUGAUCUUGCUGACAAGAUUGAUCGCCUGGUCUCUUUGUCGGUUUCAUCACCAAGAACACCAACUGCUUCAAAUGGCGCAGCUGAUGAAUCGAAAAGCAUGAGUGUUAGUAAAGGUACCAAACCUGCAGCCGUGGCAAUUCCAUCACGAGUUUCUGCAAUAAUAACAGCUACAUCAGGUGGUAUAAGGGCCCUGUCUAAGAGUAUGGAUCUUACUGAAAAAGAUAUCGGUACCCUCUCCUCGGCAGCAUCAUCUCCUGGGAUUUCACCAAGUGUGUCAGUAUCAAGUAUGUCUAAUGCUACAUCACAAACUACAGCAAAGUCAACACGAGGACUUUCACCUAGAAGAACAUCAACAUCUAUUGGCAGUGGUGCUUUAUCAAGAAACAUCGAUUUGCCAGAAAAUGAUAAGAGACCGGCCUCCUCAUCAGCUUCACUGAGGGGAAAUUCGCCAAGAAGGCGACUUGCCUCUGACAGUGUUAAUGCUGUUGUGAAAAACAUAGAUUUUGCUGAGAAGGAUAGCAGAGCAGCCAUUUCAUCGACUUCAUCUCGAGGGUUUUCCCCAAGAAGACGACUUGCCUCUGAUGGCCUUGAUGCAAUAUCAAGAAGCACAGAUUUUUCUGACAAAGAUAGCAGACCAUCCACAUCCUCAUCAUCUGCACAACGUGGGAUUUCUCCACUAAGAAGGCUUACCAUAUCAAAGGGCACGGACUUUACUGAUAAAUCUUACAGGCCAUCGACCUCUUCAGCUGCAUCACGAGGUGUUUCACCAAGGACUCGAUUAGCAUCUGACAGUGCUGGUAAUAUAUUAAAGAGCAUGGAUUUGGCUGAUAGAGACAAUAAACCAUCAACCUCGUCUGCCUCAUUACGUGGUAUGUCACCAAGAAGGCGGCUUGCAUCUGAUGGCAUUUCAAAAAACAUCACCUUCACUGAAAAGGACGACAGAACUAUGCCCUCUUCAGUUGCAUCUCAAGAGAUCUCAACAAUAAGACGUCUUCCAUCUGACGGUGCUGACAGUAUAUCAAAGAAUAUAGACCUUCCUGAAAAAGUUACCCGACCUGCUACCUCCUCUGCUGCGUCACGGGGCCUUUCACCAAGAAGACGACUUGCCUCUGAUGGUGUCAAUGCUAUAUCAAAGAGCAUCGAUCUUGCUGACAAAGAUACCGGACCUGCCAGGUCAACAGCUGCAUUGCGAGGGGUUUCUCCACGUAGACAACUCGCCUCUGAUCGUGUAGAUUCUAUAUCAAAGAACACAGAUUUUACUGAAAAAGAUAAAGACACCAGACCUUCCACGUCGUCAGGAGCAUCACGGGGGAUUUCACCAAGACGACGACUUGCCUCUGAUGGUGUAGAUGAUCUAUCAAAAGGCAUAAAUUUUAGCCAAAAAAGUAUCAGACCUUCCACCUCUUCAAUGGCAUCACGAGGGACUUCACCAAGAAGACGGCUUGCCUCGGACGGUGUUAAUGCUUUACUGAAGAGCACAGAUUUUACUGAUAAGGACCACAGACCAUCUACCUCAUCAGCUGCACUACGGGGGAUGUCACCCAGAAACAGGGUUACCUCCAAGUCCAUCGAUGCCAAAAGCCUGGAUUUUUCAGACAAAGAUAGCAGACCAUUCACCCCAUCAGGUGCAUCGCAGGGAACUCUACAGGAAGUUGCCCUUGCUUCCGAUGGCAUUAAUGCUCUGUCAGAAGCUGUGGAUACUGCUGUCAUAGGUAGUUUACAGUCCACGUCAUCAGUUGAAUCUGGUGAGACUUCAGAUGCUAGACUUAAUAAUGGCUCCGGUACUGUUGUAAACAGGAUCGAUUUUGCUCAGGAAGUUAAUAUAGCAACCCCAGAUGGUUGUAAUGGUCAUAUUUCAGAAAGCAUGGAUUCUCAUGACAUAGGCACGUCUGCACCCUCAAUGUCAAUUACGUCACAAGAGCAAUCACCAAGCAGAACUGUUUCUAAUGGCCCUAAGACUCUCUCAGAGGAUAUCAAUGCCACUAAAAAAAAUAACAGAGCAAUGACAGUGAAGAUUCCAUCUCGAGGUGCUAGUCCAAGAAGGCGACUUGCAUCUGAAGGCUUUGGUACUAUAUACAAAAGCAUGGAUUUUUCUGAGAAAGAUAGGACAUCCAUAAACAUGGCAACACCAUCACGUGGAAUGUCACCUAGAAGAACAGCAAGAUCUGGUAUUGUUGAUAUGUCAAAGAGUAUGGAUUUUUCUGAGAAAUGCAAUGGACCAAUUUCCUCAAUAGCUCCAUCACAUGUGGUUUCUGCAAGAAGAAUACUGGGACCAGAUGGUGCUAAUGCCAUGUCAAGAAGCAUGGAUCUGACUGAUAAAAUCAGACAACCAAUCUCUUCAACUGUCCGGAAAAUGUCUCUUGCUGAUAGCAGAGCAAAAGCCCCUGACCUUUUGUCAGGUGACAUCGAGAGUCCAGGUUCUGCCAAUGGAAAUGAAAGCCAAGAGGAGAAUGCUGGUUCAAGCCUAGAUGCACCUUCAAAUGAUUCAGAAAAAUCUGCACCUCCGAAACGAUUGGCCAGAACAUUAUCUUCACCAUCACCAACAAAGGCUUCAUCAAUAUCAUCUUUUACCCCUAGGAGGAUGCCGAGCCCAUCGAGGAAUAGACCUUCAACACCUGUCUCACCAUGUAGUUCUACCAGAUCUGAUUCUGCCUCUUCGAUUCUUAGCUACAUGGGCGAUGUAACAAGAGGAAAGAGAAGCCCAAGUCACAUGGAAGACGCCCAUCAACUGCGCCUCCUAUAUAACAGGAGCUUGCAAUGGCGCUUUACAAAUGCUUACGUAGAUGAAAUGCAAUCAGUUCAGAAGAUGAGUGCUGAGACUAUGCUCUACAGCGUAUGGGAUGCUAACUCCAGCCUGUGCGAUUCUAUGGUUAUGAAAAGGAGUUAUGUUCAAAGGCUGCGACAGGAGGUCAAGCUAGGAGUUGUGUUGAAAGAGCAAAUGGACUACCUUACUCACUGGGCAGCAUUGGAAACAGAACAUUCUACUUCUUUAUCUAGUGCAAUUGAAGCUCUUAGAGCAAGCACACUACGGCUUCCAGUUACAGGAGGAGCAAAGGCUGACGUUUUUACCGUUAAGAAUGCUGUCAGUUCAGCAGUUGACAUUAUGCAAGCAAUGGGCUCAUCCGUCUGCUACUUGUUAUCAAAGUUACAGGCCACACACUCUCUGGUUACAGAACUUUCAGCCGUUGCUGCCAAUGAAAGCUCCAUGCUCAAUGAGUAUAGAGAACUCUUAGGUACCGCGGCAGCCCUACAGGUCCUAGAGUCCAGCCUAAGGACACAACUCAUACAAGAAACUGAGUGAACAGCUUAAUGCAUGUAUGUCUAACUAAGAAGAAUAGAAUGUAGAGGUAACACCAUUCAUUAGUUUCAGUAGCUGACUGUGUAUCUUCAUGCUCUCUCGCCCCACUUCCUAUUCCUUUUUUUCCCUUUUCUAGUUAGGUGUUUUCCCAUUUCUUCUUUUGUACUUCCUGCAUGCCCCUUUUCUGUCUCUACAAUUUACAUGGAAGAGAAGUGCAUCAACACGAAAUCA